UUGGCGCAACACGCAACGUCCGAUAAGGGAAGAGGGAGCCGCCGCCACACCAAACCCACCGCCAUACGAUACCCACAGCUCAACUCAAACCCUGGCCUGGACACGAAGAGAGACAAUAAACGUCUUGAAGCACUACUUCGGUCCCAUCUUCUCAUCACCAGUGCUUUAGUAGGCUAGUUCUCCGACCCGCACUCUAGUGCUUGAGGCCCUGUCUUUCACAUCGCAAACGACGCUUUAGCACUUAGUAGUGCCAUAUACAGGCCCACAAUGGGUCCUCCCGCUCGUUCCUCAGGCACUGCGGUAUCCGCAGCCUCAGCCGACUCCCGCGAGUCGACUAGGAGCUACGUGCAGAUGGUGCAGCACUUGAUUGAGCGAUGCCUGCUGCUCAAUUUGAGCCGAGACGAGUGCGUCGUCGCUCUGGCGAAGCACGCGGGAGUCAAGCCUGCUAUUACUGCUACUGUGUGGAAGGCCUUGGAGAAGGAGAAUAAGAGCUACUUCGACGAGUACUCGAAGCAGCGAAUGCUGCGGCGGGCCCAGAGUCAGCGGCUGCGCGCGCAGUACGCCAAGGAUUGCGCGGAGAGAGUUUCCCAGUGCAUGGAUGUCUGGCGGUUGCCCGUUUCGGAGCAGAAACCUACGACCGACGCUCUGUACUGCGUCGCCGGGUUAUAGGCUGUAUCGCGGUACCUUGUAUCGGAGCUCCUGCGCCAAUCGGGAGCCCGAUGGCGUGUCGAAACGUGUAAAUAUGGCCUCACGGCCGCGAUUCUUCUCCCCGUCGGGAGCCAAUUCACCACGACCGUUGAUGACGGGUAUCAUCUGGACGGCACUCAGCAGUCUCGCGGGUUGUGCUGCAAUGAUUGUCGUCCCAUCAGUGGGGUCGGUUGCUGGUGGCUGUAACGGAAGGCGUUUCGCAUGAUGGUUACCACUCGGACUGGCGAUUGGAGCCGUAUAAUUGCAGCAAGCACACGAACUGCUGUGGGCUGCGUUACUGACUCGGGGUUCGGCUGAAUCCCGUCUUAGACUAGGCUGAUUGGAUUGAUGCGAGGAGGACCCCUCUUAGAUUAGGUGUGCGGUGUGCGAGGGCCUCUAGUGUGUGAAUACAUCGAUGAGUCGGGGCCCAUUCACCCCGCUGUGUGUUUGUGUGCAGUAGUCUUAGCCUUGUCACUCUAAGCCAUUUGUGGCCGUAGCUUGGCCCUGCAGUGAGUGGUUCCACGCGUCACUGCUGUUUGUGAGUGAAGCGAGUUAGCUGGAUCUCUCCAGCAGUGUGCACUUUGAGUGAAAAGGGAGUUUUUUUGGUUGUGAAGUAUUUGGAAUUAAAUGCUUUCUCGUCAC